AUGCGAUUCUUUUCGGACGACGUUUAUCAAUCUUGGAAAGCUUGGUAUGAUCGAGUUGAUGUUCGUCUUCCGAGCCCUGUCAAGGUCAUCUUGGACGGGAGUUGUCCUGAGAUUGGCGCACACGCCGAUGGGAAUGGCACCAGGUUUGGUGCCGUCGAAAAUGCCAAGAGCACCUAUACUACAAUCCGAGACUAUAUAGAGAAAGCCAUAUUCCUUCUCGAUGACCCAAAAGACGUGCGCUGUCAAGUAUGCCAAGGGCAAAUCGUCCCAAAGGAAGAGUUGACAAUUGUCUGCCCACAGGCGGAAUGCCACUGUACCUGCCAUCUACUAUGCCUAUCAAGAAAAUUCCUUGAUGCGGCCCAGGAGCCAAACCAAUUCAUUCCAAGGCACGGGAUUUGUCCUGGAUGUAAGGCCACUGUCGAAUGGCCAUUGAUGAUGAAGGAGUUGAGCUUUCGGAGUCGCGGGAAACAAGAGCUGCUGGCAAUUUUGAAACGGAAGAGAAGAGCCGAUCGAAAACACAAUGACAUGACUGGCAAGGUCGCCGAUAGAGGAUUUGACUCGUCGAGUCUAAGAUCCGCAUCAGCCGAUUUAGACGAUGAUUUCAGUCAAGAUGCCGAAGAUGAACUUCUUCUGGAUGAAGACUGGUUAGAAGGAUUGGCAUCAGAGUCAGACUCCGACACGGAUCUUCGGCUGAAGACCCUCUCGAAAGCUGCCCCGAAACUGGAAACUGUUAUCGAGGACAGCGAGGGUGACGACUCAGAAAUUCUGUGA